UUAUUUUUUACAACUUUUUGUAGGAGAGAUUUGCGUCCUUUGCAAAAAAGUAAAAUUAAGCAAAAUAUUAACAAAACAAUAGUAUACCAAACAAUUAAAACUAAUUGUUAAAUAUUCUUCAAAAAAACAAAUCAAAAAAUAUUGAAAAGAUUUAUACGAAAAGUAUGAGUGGAAAAGUAUUAUUUGCGUGUUCAAAGUGUUUCUCGAGGCAUCCAUUUGAGGAAUUAUCAUCGGGAACUCAACUUUGCAAGAGUUGUCGUGGUUCCACCUCCGUGGUUAAAUGUACUUAUUGCCGUUCAGAAUUUCAACCAAACUCGAAAUCUCAGAAUAUUUGCAAAAAAUGCGAACAUAAUUUGAGUAAAUAUGGUAAACCUAGUGCCUGUGAGUGCUGUAAAAUUGUUGCAGCUUUUGGGAACUCCAAGUGUAUGAGAUGUGCUAGUUAUGAGGCCAGAUAUGGACCGCCAGUACAUUGCGAUGAAUGUAAACUGAGAUCAGCCUUCGACAGACGCGAUGAAAAUAAAAAGGUAAAUGGCAAAUUGCUGUGCUGGCUUUGUACCUGUGCAUAUAAACGAGCCUAUUUGAAGGCUCAACAAGAGGGUCGAAUAUCAUCGAAAAAAAGACCACAUGAAAAAUCGAAUCGUGAAAGUUCUUCUGCUUCGGCCAAAAAACCCUCUAGAAGUGAUAUUACCAAAUCUAACAGCAGCAAUACAAGCGUUGGGGUAUCGGCUGUAAGCGCAGCUGGUCUCGAUGUACCAGAAAAAAUAUCACGGACUGGAUCUUCAGGUAGUGGUAAUGGCAGUAUAGGAUUAGGAUCAAUUGCAGCACCAGCCGUUGUGAGUAUUGAUCCAAAUUCCGCCGAUCACGUUGUGGCUAUGACAACUUUAAAAGAACGCAUUGCUAGUCUGGAUAAGCGUUUGGCGCAAAAGGAUAAGGAAUUAUUAGAAAAAGACAAAUUGCUAACUGAACUUAAGGGCAAAAACUUUGAAAAAGAGAUUGAGAUGCGCAACAAAUUGAAGGAUAUCGACCGUUUAAAUGAAAUGAAAGUUGAUAAUUUAAACAGAAAAAUUGCUUCUCUACUUAAAGAAGUAGCUACGCUAAAAAGGAGCAACAAAAAGAAUAAUGGCGGUGCCGGCAGUGGAGCUAUUGCAGCAAAUCGAGAAAAGGAAAGAGAAAAACGUGAACGUGAAAAUAUUUCUCCUAAGGAAGAAAUAACUGCAGCCAGUACAGCAACAGAAUCAUCUGAUAAAGAUGACAAGGACGAUGCUAAAGAAGAUAUUAAGAGUGAAGAUUCGCGUGAUUCACGUGCCAGUACUAAAGAAGAAGUCAAGCCAACUAAAGUGGAGGAGGAAACUAAAGAAGAAGAACAAGAAGAAGAAAAAGACAAACGUGAAGAACGGGAGAAAAGUGUUAAGAGCGAGAAAAGUGACAAGAGCAUUAAGAGUGAGAAAAGUGUCAAAAGUGAAAAUAGUGAAGCCAACAAGGAGGAUGAAGUUGAACGUUCCCGAUCUCGUUCUCGCUCGGGCUCAAGAUCAGUUUCACGUUCACCAUCUAGAUCAAAGUCACGUUCUCGUUCACAAUCGCGUUCUCGUUCGCGGUCUCGUUCACAUUCUCAAUCACGAUCUCGAUCAGGCUCUCGUUCGCAUUCAGGUUCACGUUCACCAUCACGUUCGCGCUCAAAUUCGCCCGAUUCCAAUUAAACAACGUGACUGUUCUCUUAUUUUAUAUCCUCAAAUUUUUAAGUGUUUAGAAAGAACCGCUUAUAUAUAAACCUUAAUUUUCUUCUCUUUAUUUGAUAAUUUUUAAUGUUAAUUUUUUCUUGAAUGUUUCAAUCAUCUAAUUAAAAUCAUUAUUUAAAAUUAUUAAUGUGUUUGCGUAUAAUCAUUAAUAUCAAAAAUCUUUCCACAAUAAAAUAUAAUUAAUUUUGGUUUGCCGUUUAAGACUACUCGUUUAGCUUUACACUUACUAUAAAUAUUUAAUUUAAAAAAAUGCUGAUUUAUAACAGUUUACGCUUUCUUAGUACUUUUUUGUUUGUUCACUCUCUUACUACACUUAAAAUUCCUUAAAUUCGUAUUUUACUUUAUAUUUUUAUCUCUCCAUGAUUAUUACGCUUAAGAUAAUAUUUUUAUAAUCUUUUUAUUGUAAUUAAAUUAUAAUUUAGUUCAAUUUUAUUGAUUUAUAUUUGUAUGCUCGAUUUGUCUUGGUUUAUGAAAAAGACAACAGAAAUAGAAAAAUAUUUCACGCAAAAGAUUUCAUUAGUUGCCUAUAAUCGCUGCUACUCUCUAUAUUUUUCUUAGUUUAGUUUAAGAUGACUAUUUAAUUUUUGUAAUUAAAUUUAUAUUUUAACUGAAAAACGUUAUUAAAAAUAAAUAAGAAGCAGAUUAACAAACAAA